UCUCGCGAAAUAAAUAUUUCCAAUUGAUUUCAAUAUUAAAUUCUAAAAAAACUGUUAACUAAUUCUAGCAAAAAAAAAUAGUGUCCACUAAAACAAUACCACUUAGUUGUUAGUAUUACUACUACUACUAAUAAAGUCAAUCGACAAACACAAUGAAUAGCAAAGCACCGGACAAUCAGCCGACAACCAGCAAAUCGGAUGACUGUCUUUCGGUUAUCAAUGACAGAGUUGUUGCCCUAAAGAAACUUCAAUACGAAAGAUACCAAUUGGACGGACGGUUGGCUAAAGAGAUGUUUACAAUAACUUCUCAUUACAGCACUUCCUACGAGAAGAUCGACAAAAAAAUAUAUGAUAUCAUUAGUGGUCAGACAGAUCAUAACACAACAGUUACAGACAACAAACGACUGAACUUUAUUACUAAUUCAGUCAACAGUCUCAAGAAGAUGUUUGAAGAUCAACAACUACUGACUACAAGCGCCACAACAACAACAUCACCGGUGAAAGGCAUACCUGGCUUUUGGAUUAAAGCCAUGAAAACUGUUGAUCACAUCCAUCAAUGGAUCGAACCGCGAGACGAACCCGUACUCCAACAUCUGACUGAUAUCAGUAUCCGUUUUGUUGACAAACUCUUUAAAAUUGAUAUCAUCUUUAAGUUUGAAGACAACGAAUACUUUGGAAACCCAGAGCUGACAAAAACCUAUUUUGUGUCAUUCGAACCAAAUGAAGACAAUCCGUGGCAACAACACGACGGCUAUUAUCCGAUUGCACGACACGGUUGUCGUAUAGACUGGAAAACUGAUCGCAAUAUUACUGAACGGCAGAUGAAAGUCAAGGGCGUAAAGAAUGAAACAUCAAGUGUUGGCAACAAAAGUCAUAUAAAGUUAGUGUCGUUUUUUGACAUAUUUGAUAACCAAUUGCUUCAGAGAUCGCCCAACGAUGACAUUGAUGUCGAAGAAUUUCUUGAAGACGACUGGAGUCUCUCUCGGGUACUCAUCAAACACUUUGUGCCCAACGCUGUCCUCUAUCUUACAGGUGAACUACAUCUGCACGACAAACAAUUGGCUAAAGACAUGGAUGCAAUCGAUGAAAUGAUGACCAACUAUGAUGACUGACCAGUAAUGAUGUCAUCGGCG